CGACCAAUCAGCCGAGAGUUUCGGUCCAGUGGGAAUGACGUCAUUCUUGACACAUGGCUGCGACUGAAGGAUGUUGAGGCUCAUCAUCCGAGUUUUUUCACAAGUGCAGACACGAAACAAGCUAAACGUUUCCUCUGUGUGGCGGACCCUCAUCUCUCCAGCCCCCACCUCUAUUAACUGUGCAGUGAAUACCCCGAUGGAGCACAAAUUAUACAAACCGCCUCCACAAGUCCGCGGUAUGACGUCUUUGGACAAAGAGGCUUUCACACAGGCCAUCACCGUCCCAGCUCUACGGGUGCCGACGCGGUUAAUCAACAAAGUGACGAAGAGCUUGAAAAAGUCCACCAUCCAGCGUCCAGGGAUAUGCAGAGUGGUGCAGGACAAUGAGGACAGUCCAGACUUUAAGCUGGUGCUGUUGGACCCUCACAGAGUGUCCUCACUGAACUCUUUUAGCGAGCUUGAGGCAGAAGCUCUCAGGUCAUUCGACGUAUUGGAGGAGCUGCAGUACUAUGAGCUGAGGUUGACCUACGAGAACCUGAAGAGUGAGGAGGUGCUGGAGGCUGUGCUCCCUCCCGGCCAGGAUGUGACGUCUGCGUUCAGCCGAGUGGGACACAUAGCACACAUGAACCUGAGGGACCACCAGCUGCCGUACAGGAACCUCAUUGGUCAAGUGAUCAUGGACAAGAACCCUGGUGUCACCUGUGUGGUCAACAAAACAAAUAUGAUCAACUCAACAUAUCGCAACUUCAAGAUGGAGGUGCUGGCUGGAGAGGAGAACAUGGUCACCAAAGUAAAAGAAAACGGGGUUAUGUACGAGUUUGACUUUUCUCGUGUGUACUGGAACUCGAGGCUGAGCACAGAGCACCAGCGUGUGGUGCAGCUCGUCAAACGCGGUGACACCGUAUUUGAUGUGUUCGCUGGCGUAGGACCCUUCGCCAUCCCGGCAGCUAAGUUGGGUGCCACUGUGUUGGCCAACGACCUCAACCCGGAGUCUUACAAGUGGCUGCAACACAACAGCAAAGUGAACAAGGUGGAAGGCAAAGUCAAAACUUUCAACAUGGACGGCCGAGAGUUCAUCCGAGGUCCACUCAAGAAAGAGCUGCCCACGCUGCUGAAAGGACAAAGUGCGGUGCACGUGGUAAUGAACCUGCCUGCUUUGGCCCUGGAGUUUUUGGAUGCCUUCAGAGGCCUCCUGUAUCAGGAGAACGAAGAGAACGUCCCCACAGUUCACUGCUACGGCUUCUCUAAAGACGACAACCCAGAGAAGGACGUAGUAGAUAAAGCGUCCCAAAGCAUCGGGUUCCCUCUAGAGAACCGCUGCUCUGUACAUUUUGUACGGAACGUCGCUCCCAACAAAGAUAUGAUGUGUGUGAGCUUCACCCUCCCUAAAGAAGUCCUCUUCAGCCACAAUGAUGCGCAGACUGAGUCUUCAGAGGAACCGGCGCCCAAAAGGCAAAAGCAUGAGACGGCAGAUUCAACAUAGAAUUGUAUUUAAUUCUUUUUUUAUUUUAUUUUAUUUUUUAUAAAUCUCACAUCAUGAACUUUUAUGCGAGGAAAUAUUUGCAUCAGCCAUUUUUUUCCACACACAUGUGCCUCAUCCUCCUCGCUGGCUCCUAUCCUGGCCAGGAAGACGCGCUGGCUAUCAUUCAUCAGCUUGCAGGAGAAACAAUCGCAUUAAUUUACUUUAUUAAGUGCAUGAAUAAUAUUGUGGAGUGAGCAAGCAUGACAAUUUUAUUUUCACUUGAUGGAUUAUUUACUGUUGCCAAAUUAUUACGAUUUUUAAUCACAUUCACAAGUAUUGAUGUGAAUUAAUUUAGAUAAAUCAGAGUAAAUAGCCAUCCAUCAUCAUCUUCCGCUUAUCGGGGGUCGGGUCGCGGGAGCAGCAGAAAAACCUAGACUUGCCUUAAAUAUACAAUUUUAAUCUAUAUUAAUCGUGUUUCAUUGUGCAUAAAGACUCAAGGAAGAAGGGAAUACUGUAUAUACUGUAUUACCUUAACAUGUUUAUGAAACACUACUAGCAUAUCAACAACAAACAUUUCUAAACAUUUACAUUUGUCCAUCACCACAUCGCACUUCGAUGUUUGCGGCCUCAUUUUGUCGAAUACUUUUUUAUUUCUUUUACCAAAAUAAAACAAUUUCAAGCAUAAAAAUGACUAAGUGAACAAAAUUAUAAAUACUGCAGUAUUGGCCACGAGAUGAGACCAAACCAAUCAGAGUGCCGUGUUCAGUAUCGUGGCAGCUGAUUGGCUCAGCUCUCAUAGUGUUAUAAAACUUAUUUAAAAGGUUUUUAUGCUCUGCCUAUUAAAAUAUUUGCUUUCUAAUUAAUAAUUCCAACUUCUCAGAAAGUAAUUUGGGGCGGUAUAGCUCGGUUGGUAGAGCGGCCGUGCCAGCAACUUGAGGGUUGCAGGUUCGAUCCCCGCUUCCGCCAUCCUAGUCACUGCUGUUGUGUCCUUGGGCAGGACACUUUACCCACCUGCUCCCAGUGCCACCCACACUGGUUUAAAUGUAACUUAGAUAUUGGGUUUCACUAUGUAAAGCGCUUUGAGCCACUAGAGAAAAGCGCUAUAUAAAUAUAAUUCACUUCACUUCACUUCAAUUUACCAUGGCCAGGCCCCAGAACUAAUUAACUGAGAUAAACAAGGGUUUACUCUAAACACAUUGUGAACCUGCUACUCCUUUUGUGUCAUUAAUGUAGUAUUUUAAGCUGAAAGUUCUUCGGGAAAAAGACAACUCCUUCCUGCAAGUGUGUACAUACACUACCGUUCAAAAGUUUGGGGUCACAUUGAAAUGUCCUUAUUUUUGAAGGAAAAGCACUGUACUUUUCAAUGAAGAUAACUUUAAACUAGUCUUAACUUUAAAGAAAUACACUCUAUACAUUGCUAAUGUGGUAAAUGACUAUUCUAGCUGCAAAUGUCUGGUUUUUGGUGCAAUAUCUACAUAGGUGUAUAGAGGCCCAUUUCCAGAAACUAUCACUCCAGUGUUCUAAUGGUACAAUGUGUUUGCUCAUUGGCUCAGAAGGCUAAUUGAUGAUUACAAAACCCUUGUGCAAUCAUGUUCACACAUCUGAAAACAGUUUAGCAAGUUACAGAAGCUACAAAACUGACCUUCCUUAGAGCAGAUUGAGUUUCUGGAGCAUCACAUUUGUGGGGUCAAUUAAACGCUCAAAAUGGCCAGAAAAAGAGAACUUUCAUCUGAAACUCGACAGUAUAUUCUUGUUCUUAGAAAUGAAGGCUAUUCCACAAAAUUGUUUGGGUGACCCCAAACUUUUGAACGGUAGUGUAAUACUUUGUCGGUCAACUGUGCCAUAAUUUUUUUUGUACUCAAAUUUACAGUGGCGAGUUCCAACGUGUUAUUUAGCAUCUUCCAUAUUGACUUGUUAAAUUCUGCAACCUGUCACUAGCUGAUCAACUUCUUACUUGUGUGACGGGACACUACUUGGACAAACUGCUCACAAUGCAUUGCCAGAGAUGUUUUAAGGAUUUUGAAUCAUAAUACACUGCAGAGAUACGUUAAUUGCGUAAAAAAUGUAAUAAUGAUAAUGAAUUAAUCUGCAUAAAUGCAUUAUUUUUGUUAUCUUUUAUUAAAAACUGUUCUUCCAGGACCUGCCACAAAGAACAACAUAAAGACAAUUGGAAGUUUCUUUAAAGCAAACAAAACAAGACAAAGAAUGUUAUCAGAAAAACUGAUUUCUUUCAUAUGUAGGCGCAUGGCCGUGGAUCAAAACAGGAACUAGAGAAUCACAAAUGCAAUUCAAAACUUUAAAUUUGUGAUUCACAUUUUUUUGCAUAAUGGCUGACAUUUGUUUCCCUUAGUUUGCGCAAUGUACAAGCACAAUAAGCAUAUAGUUGAAUAAUUGUGUCACUUAAAGGUGGACAUCAUUAUCUUAGUAAAGGCAAUAAUAAUUAAUACAGCUCUUGCAUUGAAUGUUGAUUUUGUCUCCUUUUAGGCUGGUCGAGUGGAUUCCAUUUGUUUUACAACCAAGUUGUUUAUAGAGAUGCUUUAUAUUUCUAAGCUUCCACUGAGUUGCUUCAUUUUUAAAUAAACUACUGUAAGAGAC